UGUUAUUUUGUUGGGAUACACCAAGUGAGAAUACUUGUCUUUGAUAAUUACCGCAGGUGUCCAGUGUCUUUAAAUUCCUAUUUAAUGAUGCUAAAGGCAGACAUGAUGCUCUGCUAGUACAGACAAAAUAGGCCCCUAUAAUCGACAAUGGAAUGCCCAGAACUCUGAAUGUUAUAGUUGUUAUAGAAAACUUUCCUAGGGAAGACAGAAGAUGUUGAACUGAAAAUAUGUCGUCCGACUCCGAGUUAGCCAUUGAGUGUGAGACAUGUAACGCAAAGAAGCCUACUGAGCCUCUUGCUAGUGACUGCUGUGGUACCGGGUGCAACCCCUGCGUGUUUGACUUGUAUGAGAAGGAACUUGGGUCGUGGAGGGAGGCGUGUGAAAGGUGCCAUGAUGGAGUGGGGUUAGGGACGUCGGAGCAUCAUGAACCAGCAAGGAACAUACAGAACUUGAGUGUUGAUGAUGCACUGAGUCCCAAUGAAUACAGGUCAUUGAAGCUGGGAAACAUCACAAGGGUGUCCCACGAUUCCGCUGUGUACUCAUUCAAUCUCCUUGGCAAUUCCAGACUAAAUCUUGGCGUUGGACAACAUAUGAUACUCCGGGGUUCUGUGAAUAGCAAGAUGAUCACCAGACAGUACACCCCUAUCAGUCCUUCCGGGUCAAGAGGUCAUUUUGUUGUCCUCAUUAAGGUUUAUGAAAAUGGUGCCAUGUCACAAUACAUCAAGCAAUGGACUGAAGGAGAUGAAGUUUCUUGGCGAGGACCAUUUGGUAGUUUCUCAUACCAACCCAACAAGAAUCGACGUAUCGUCAUGCUUGCAGCGGGUACUGGUAUCGCACCAAUGCUUCAAGUCAUCCGUCACAUUGUUACCAAUGAUGAUGAUGAGACAUUCGUGCGUCUGCUGUUUGCUAAUCGGACGUAUGAAGAUAUUUUACUUCGGGAAACUUUGAACGAGCUGACGGCAUAUUGGAAUUUCACGGUUUUAUACGCUUUGAGUCAAGGCCAGUCUGGACAGCAUCCCCAAGGCUACGGAGAGAAUUUUCACUACGGCCGCAUCGAUCAAGACAUGAUAGCUGAGGAGUUGAAGACUACCCCAGAGCAAGACACCUUGUUACUCAUCUGUGGUACAAAAUCCUUUGAUAAAGACAUGAUUAAAUUCCUAAAUAAGCUGGAUUUUAAAGGACAAUAUUUUAAGUUUUGAAAGAUUAUGUUUAUUUGGCAUACUUUUUUUGCAUGGUAAAGUAGUAUAUUUUGUAACUGAUAAGAUUUGAAGCUUUACCAGAUGUUUCUAAAGGCAGUGCACACUAGUGGGAAUUACUCAAAAUAAUUAUUAGCAUAAUACCUUACUUGGUAAUGAGUAAUG